CACAUGGUUUGAAAUGAACCUGAUGUCACAUUUCACUCAGCUUGUUACAUCAGGUUGUUAUUGUUAUUAAUUCAUUUGUAACAUGCAUGUUAAUUUACAUGGAUUAUGACAUGGAAUUGGAUUAUAUAUAAUAUGGAAAUGUUAUUUGGUGUGGAAUUUUAAAUUUUCAACUAAUUUUAAGUUUCUAAAGAUGAGAUAUGAAAAUGCAGAUUAAAUGUUUACAUUUGAGGAAUGUGCAUUUAAAAGCAUUGAUUAUUGUACUAAGUGUCUUCAUGCAGAAAACUAAAGGAGAUUGUUUAUAUGAAGGCAAUACAUACAAGAGGAACACACUAUGGUCACCUAACAGUUGUUCCAUAUGUACAUGUGAAGAUCCUGUUGUUAUGUGUGAGAAUGUCAGAUGUUCAAGUCCAAACUGUGAUUCUAAAAAGGGAGAAUAUUUACAGAUACCGGCAGAAGGAUGUUGUCCAGAGUGUGUAAGGAGAAUGUCACCUUGUCAGUAUGAAUCCCAAACAACUCCACAUAAUUCUGUAUGGAGUCCAGACAGAUGCAAAUUUUGUCAUUGUUAUGAUGGAGAGGUGACCUGUACAGAUCAGUCAUGUCCAGCUUUACGAUGUCGCCCUGGUGAAGUUUUGCAAGUUUUAGCUGACCAUUGUUGUCCUCAGUGCAUCCCGACAGGAAGACCCUGUGAAUAUGCACAUCAUGUUUUCCAAGAUGCUACAGAGUGGUCUCCCAUUCCAUGCACUAUGUGUGUUUGUCGUGAUGGACAGACAAUCUGCUAUCCAAUACAGUGUCCUUCAUUUGUUUGUCCUCAGGGAAAAUCCAUGGAGAGAAGACCAGGGUCAUGUUGUCCCUCCUGUGUUGGAUCAUAUUGUACUGAUGCUAUGAUACAUUACAAGAAUGGUGACCAUUGGGAUAGAGACAGUUGUACUACAUGUACUUGUAUACAAGGAGAAAUAGUGUGUAGUAGGAAAGACUGUAUGAUAGAUUUUGAGUGCGAAGGGAAAGAAAUGAAUAUUACAAGGGAAAGUGAGUGUUGCUCAGAAUGUAUACUCCCUAAAGAUACUUGUACCAAUGAGAGUCCACCACGUUACCAUGGCAUAUGGAAUGUAACUGACUGUGAAUUCUGCUCAUGUAGACAGGGUAAAGUUCAGUGCUUUACAGCUGUAUGUGAACCUGCUAUUUGUCUAGAGAAUGAAAUGUUGAUACAUCAGCCUGGUAAAUGCUGUAAAGAAUGUGUACCAAGACCAACAUGUUAUUUUGGAGGAGAGAUUUUCCAUACUGGAGAUAGUUGGCAGCCAAACAGUUGUACCUUAUGUCAAUGUGGACACGGAGAUAUGGUGUGCUUCAGUAAAUCCUGCCCUCUUUGUCCAGAAGGAAGUAUAGGUGUACCACAGCCUGGUGAAUGUUGUGGGAAAUGUCAGAAAAUGUCCUGUGCUUCAGAAUGUAAGCAUUGUAAAGUGACAGACUCUAAUUACUGUACAGAAUGUAAGAUCUCAGGGCUGUAUCUACAGGAGGGGAUAUGUGUACAAAAGUGUAAAGAUGGUCUCUAUGCAGACAGGAAGAACAAAUGUCAUGCUUGCCAUGAUAGUUGUAAGACAUGUGUUGAUAUAACAAGAUUUCAUUGUCAGACUUGUAAACCAGGAUUAUUGUGGAGAGAGGGGGAAUGUGUAUCCAGAUGUGGAAUGGGGUACUACCAGGAGACCACACAUUGUUACAGUUGUGAUACAAGCUGCAGUUUGUGUUUAGGACCUAAAGACAACCAGUGUCUAGCUUGUUCCCAGAAUGGUCUGGUCCUUCAGUCUGGCAGAUGUAUGGACCACUGUUCAUCUAGUUUUUACCUGCAAAAUGGAGAAUGUUUGGAAUGUCCAGCUACAUGUCAGACAUGCUCUAGUGAUGGUCAGUCCUGUACUAGUUGUUAUGACAGUCUUGUACUACGCAGAGGUCAGUGUUUGUCUCAGUGUCCAAAGCAGUAUUUCCCAUCAUAUGGUGCCUGCCAUGAAUGUCAUCCAAGCUGUAAAUCAUGCUCUGGACCAACUGAUACAAACUGCCGUAGCUGUGCAGAUGGCUCGAAGCUUAGUAAGAAAGGAAGAUGUAAGAUGCCAUGUUUGGACGGCCAAUAUUUGAAGAAAGACGGUACUUGUAAAGAUUGUGGAUUUGGAUGUGGUAAAUGUCACACAUCAAGGGAUGGAACUACAUCAGUAUGUUUACAAUGUCUGAACCCUUCAAUGGUGGCAUUUGAUGACAUUUGUAUGAGGGCAUGUCCUGUUGGAAGAUAUAAGGAGCUGGGUAUUUGUAGAGUAUGUGGAAGUGGAUGUCUUCGAUGUGAAUCAAUCAGUAUAUGUCAUGCCUGUGGACCUAACCAGAUUGUAUCUGAUGGGAUAUGUGUCAGACAUUGUAAACCUACACAGUAUGUAGAUGGACGGCAGUGUAAAGAUUGUCCAGAGCAUUGUAUGGAGUGUAUGUCUAAUACAGACUGUUCUCAGUGUAAUGGUCAGACCUUCUUGUUAAACAGACAGUGUGUUCCAAGCUGUGGAAAGGGAUACUAUCAAAAUAAAAAGUCAAGGAGAUGUGAAAGAAAUGAACAACCUCCCAUGAUACAGUUAACAGGACACAUACAAGUUGAGGAGAAAGAUAUCACUGAAAUACCUGCCUCUAUAUUCAACUUGAAUGACCCAGACACACCUUGGGAUAGCCUUGUUAUCAUUGUAACUGAACCUCCAACAAAUGGCAAUCAUAUAGUCAAGGCUAAUUUGGGAAUGGAUGUCAUAUUGGAGGCUGGAGAUACUAUUACUCCACAGGAAUUAAAAGAUGGAAAAGUCAGAUUUAUUCACAAUGCUCCUGUUGUUUCUGCUGGAAGGAUAACAUUUAAAGCAUUUGACAGACAGUUAUAUAGUACAGAGAGAGUUCUACAUAUACAAGUUAUCAAUGACCACCCUCCUCAGCUUGUCAGAAAUGAACAUGUUCUGGCCACUGUAGGGGAGAUAACUCCAUUUGAUAAUCAAAUCUUAGAGCUAAAAACUUUGGAUCCUGUGAAAACAUUGGUUAAUGUUAUUGAAGGUCCUCUGCAUGGGAAGUUCAUUGAUCAAGGGACACAGUCACCUGUUACCUCUUUCUCAGUAGAGGAACUACAUACCAGUUCUAUAGGGUACCAGUUAAAUCCAUUAGUAAAGGCAGACACAGACAUGUGCAUUAUACAAGUCACAGAUGGCUAUCAUGUCCUCAGUUUCAUCGUCAAUUUUGAAAUUAGGCAAAAGGAGAAUUUAUCUCCCCUGAUCGUCAAUAAUGAAGUGGGACAUGUAUAUGCAAAGGAUAUGUUACGGAUAACACCCACCAUGUUGAUGGCUAAGUCAAUGUCUGAUGGCAAAGAGAUCAUAUAUACCCUGAACCCUACCACUAAUAAUCCACAACAAGGAGAAAUAUUAAUGCUAGUACCAGUUCCGCCAAAUGGUUUAGGUCAAGGCUGGAAAGAAAUGGGCAGUGGGAAAAUGGCUGCCAAAAUGUUUCAGUUUUUGCAGAGAGAUAUUAACGAGGGUAGAAUAUGGUAUCACAAUACAGGCUCAAAGUCCACAUCAGAUGUUGUUACUUUUGAGGUUAGAGACUCUUUUGAUCCACCAAAUGUUUUAAAAGAACAGACUCUACAUAUAAAUAUAAUGGAUCCUCCAUUAGAUGAGGCCAUACCAACUAUAGCACCUGGUGUCAGGCUUGGCAUGUCGGUAUUUGAAGAUCAUGUUGUUCCAGUUACCAUCUCUGAUCUGUUUUUCCAUGACCCAGAUACACAUAAUGGAGAAAUAAUUUACACAAUAACAGUUCCUCUGAAACAAGGGGAGGGAACUUUGGAGAAUAAAAAUUUUCCUCUUCAACCCUUUUCACAGUUUACACAGGCUGAUUUGAUGCAUAACAAGAUAGUUUAUCAUCCACCAAAGUCAGACGUCGGCAAGGAGGAAAGGGAAGUGUCAUUUAAAUUUACAGUAUCAGAUGGCAGAGUCUACAAAGAUUUAACAGAAUAUAAAUUCAACAUCCGAAUCCUACCAGUAAACAAUCUGCCUCCAUCUUUUUUACAUCCAUCUGCUGAUGUUACAGUAGCACAGGGAGGGAAAAUUCCAUUAGACAGGGCUACAGUUAUGUUGUCUGACCCUGAUACAUCUGCUGCUGAUUUAGUGUUGACUUUAGACGAGGCUCCAAAGAGGGGGAGUUUUGAGAAAGUUUUUAAGAAUUCAAAAGUCAUCCUGAGACAAGGAGAAAGCUUUAACUACAAAGAAUUCCUGGAGGGUGUGUUUCAGUAUAGUCACAGCAGGGAUAGUGAUAUACUCUAUGACAGAAUUGUAUUGUCUGCCAGUGAUGGGAAACAUGAGACCAGAAUGAUCAUCAACAUCACAGUGUUACAUGUAGACAAGUCAGCACCAAUCCUUCUACCUACUGCUGUCUGUAGGAUUCAUGUCAGAGAAGGGGAGACAAUUCUUAUUAGUCGUAAUGAUUUUGGUUUUAUGGAUGAUGAUGAUUCUGAUGACCAUUUGAGAAUAACAUUAAUAGCUAAUCCAGUACAUGGACAGCUGAUUUAUAAAGAAUUGAAUGUUGUGAUGGGAGGAAACAUCAUAACUCAAGAAGACAUAAAUAACAACUUUAUUAGAUACAUGGCUGACAAAGAGAUAGGAAGUGAACCAGUCUCAGAUAUUCUCACAUUUAAUGUUACGGAUAGCAGUAGUAACAUCUUACCCAAUCAGGUUCUAUCUGUAACCAUAGAACCAGUAGACAACAGGGCACCAGCAGUUAUUGUUGGUCCUACAAUUCAGAUUGAUGAGGGUAGUGAAAUACUGUUUACAACAGACAAUAUUAAGGUGACAGACCAAGACACAGCCGUGUCAGAUUUACUGGUCCAGAUAGAAUCACUUCCAAAGUUUGGAAAUAUUCUCUCAUACAAACCAGAUGUAGGCGGAUCAGAGAAGACUGUCGGAGAACCUGUCACCCAAUUCUUUGUUCAGGAUCUACUGGAUGGUUUUAUUCACUACAGUCAGUCAGAUCACAAGAACAAGGAACCAGUAAUUGACAAUUUCUUAUUCCAUGUUACUGAUGGUGUAAACAAAUCACCCAUGCAAAGAUUUGGAGUCAGUAUUGUGUUAAUAAACGAUGAGGAACCAUUACUGGUGACAGAACAGUUAUUUGUACAGGAACACCAGGCUGCUGUUGUCACUAAUUCAUCGUUGUACGUGAUAGAUAUAGAUACUCACCCUGAUCAGUUGUUAUUGACAGUGAAAGUAUCUCCUCAACAUGGUACCUUGGGUAGAAGGGAUCAUAUCAGUGAACCACUAAGUAGAAUCAGACCAAUACAACAAGCUGGAACAUUCACAUAUCAGGAAAUUUUAGAUGAUUUGAUAGUAUACCAACACAAUGGUAAAGCUACAUAUGGAGAUAGGUUAACUAUCCAAGUGUCUGAUGGAGAUUUUACUGAUACAAGUGCCUUAGAAAUAGUUAUUGGUCUAGUAGAUGAUGAAACACCAAGACUUUCAAUUAACAGAGGAUUAAUGUUAAAAGCAGGAUCAACAAUUCCAAUAAAGUCUCAGGACCUGAAAGCUACAGACAUUGAUUCCGAUGACAAAAAACUGACAUACACUUUGACCCGAGACCCAACUGGUGGACGUUUGUUAAUUUCAAAUCAAAACAGAAAAGUGCCUGUUUCUACAAGAGGCCCAAUAAAGAGUUUUACUCAGUUAGAUGUUGAUCAAGGUCAUCUGGAGUUUGAACAUCCUAAAGGGGAGAUAACUGGUGUUUUGACAUUUAAAUUUGAUGUAUCAGAUCCAGAAGGAAACAAGUUGAUAGAUCACAUUUUCUACAUAACUGUAACAGAAGACAGAAUACCUCCAAAGGUAAUAGCCAACAAAGAACUGGUUGUCCUGGAAGGAGCAGAGAUCAAGAUAACUACAGAAUUCCUGUCUUUUACUGAUGAAGACUCUGAGCCUGGAUUGUUACAUUACUACCUCCUUUCUGCUCCUAAUCUUGGUCACCUAGAACUUACCAGUAAUCCAGGAAUACCAAUAUCUGAAUUCACGCAGUCAGACCUAGCAGCCAACAGUGUAUGUUAUAUACACACCAGUAAAGAGGAAAUAUACAUGGAUAGUUUUACAUUCUCUGUCACUGAUGGAAAUAAUCAGAUCACUCAGAAGUUGUAUAUAACCAUUACUCCUGUGGAUGAUGAAAUACCUAUUGUGACUAAUAAUGGCCUGAGGGUCCAGGAGGGGGUCAGGAAAACAAUCACAGAAUAUGAUCUGAAGGCUGAGGAUCAAGAUACUCCUGAAAGUUCUUUGAUAUUUCAUGUCAUAAAUCUCCCAGUACAUGGUAGACUGGAUUUAAAACAAGGAGACUUUUACAUGCCUGUGACUACCUUCUCCAUGGCUGAUAUCUAUAAUGGACUAAUCAGUUAUCAUCAUGAUGGGAGUGAGACACUUCGGGAUAACUUUUCCUUUACUGUGACAGAUGGAGCUACUGAGGUGUUUGCUAUGCAGAAAGAUCAAAGUCGUGGUGACAUUAGCGUUAAAAGAGAUCCUGAGGAUUUUGAAAUUGAUAUCAUGCCCUUAGAUGAUGGAAGUCCUGUUCUAAAAACUAAUUUAGGAUUACAGUUCUUGGAACAAUCAGGAAAUUUGGCCUAUAAUUUGAUAACACCAAGAGAACUGGAGGCCACUGAUGUUGAUACUUCACCAAAUGAGCUGACUUUUGUGAUAACCAGGGGACCAGAACAUGGAAGACUAGAAAAUACUGCUAAUCCUACAGUGGCUAUAUAUUCUUUCACACAAGAUGACAUUGACCAUGAAGUAAUUAGUUAUGUACUGACCAGCAUGGAUGAUAUGACUGAAGAUAUGUUUACUUUUGACCUCGUUGAUAGUAAGCCCAACCGAAUUACAAAUAACAUAUUCCACAUCAUGUGGUCUGUCAUCGAGUUUAUCUCCCCUGAAUACAAUGUAUCAGAGUCGACAGGAGUCAUCAGGAUACCAGUUGUUAAAAAAGGGAAUUUAAAGCAGUAUAGUGUAGUUACAUGUAAAACCAGCCCAGACACUGCCACCUAUACCCAAGCAGUGACUAGACCCGGCGACCAGGAUUAUAGAGAACAUUCAGGACAGGUCCAGUUUGAUGCUUGGCAGGAUAUGAAAGUGUGUAGUAUUAUCAUUAAUGAUGACUCUAAAUUUGAAGGUCCAGAAAGGUUCUCUGUAGAACUGAUACAUCCAGUUUAUAGUCUGAUUGGAAUGAAAAAUAAGGUCGCUGUGAUCAUAUCUGAUGAAGAGGACAUGCCUACCAUUCAAUUCAAAGACCUUGUAUAUAGUGUGAAUGAGACAAGUGGAGUUGUGUCAGCUGCAUUAGUUAGAACAGGUGACUUAAGUUCCAGUGUUUCUGUUGUGUGUUACACUACUAGUCUAACAGCCAAAGGAAGCAGUCUGGAUUCUCUUGAAUCAGGCUCAGACUACAUCAGUAGAGGAAAGACAAAUGUAUACAGAGUGACAUUUCAACCUGGGAUGACCAUGGCUAACUGUGAUGUCAAGAUAAUAGACGACAGUGAAUUUGAAGGUUCAGAGCAGUUUGAGUUAGUGUUAUCAGCCCCUACAUACAACACAGUUGUUGGUUCAUCUGACAAGGCUACAGUCAUUAUAAGGGGACCAAAUGAUGAAUCCAGUAUCCACUUGUCAUUGUCUCAGUACCAUUUUGAUGAGAACUCAGGGGAUGUGGAAGUGGAAGUUGUACGUCGUGGAUCAGAUCUGUCACAUGAUUCCAUGGUCUGGUGUGCUACAAGAAUGACAGAACCACCAUCCGCCACACCUAGACAAGAUUAUAUCCCUAGCUCAAGUCAGAUUACAUUUGCACCAGGGGAGACAAUUCAGAAAUGUAGAAUAACCAUACUGGAUGAUGCUGCUGAACCUAAGUUAGAGGGCAAUGAAACCUUUGCUGUGUUCCUUAGUACACCAAUAGGCAGUAUUCUGUCCAUGCCUUAUUUUGCCAGUAUUAGCAUCUAUGACAAUGAAUUAGACAUUCCAAAAAUGCAUUUUGUUUCUCAUGAGUACACAGUUGAUGAAAGUUCCAGUUCAAUCCAUGUUCCUGUGUACAGGUCAGGUGAUCUUAGUUUUGAAUCCUCUGUAAUCUGUUACACAAGACAAAACACAGCGCAUGUCAUGAUGGACUAUGCAGAAAGACCACUCACAGAUGCUUCCAGAAUUAUAUUUCUUCCUAGGGAAAAGGUUAAGAAUUGUUCAGUUAAUAUAGUUGAUGAUGGAGAUUAUGAACCCAAAGAACUGUUCUAUUUAAGACUGGCAGAACCUAAAGGGACAGAACUCUGUAAAGCAGAAUUAGGACAGGUUACCAUGGCAACAAUCUUUGUUGUCAAUGAUGAGGAUGUUCCUAGGAUACAGUUCAAGCAAGCAGACUACAGUAUAAUGGAACCAGUCUUUGUGGAUGUUGUUUCUACACUGGUUGUCAUGGUGAUGAGAAUGGGUGAUCUGAACCGUACAUCUGUUGUUAGGUGUAGUACUAGAGAUGGAUCAGCAUUGUCAGGACUUGAUUAUAAUGCUAAAAGUGUGGUAUUAGAUUUUAAACCAGGAAUGAGAUCUGUUGAGUUUUCUGUGGAUGUUAUAUAUAAUAGUAACACUGAAUGGCACGAGUCAUUCUAUAUUGUGUUAGAUGAGAAAAGUAUGAGAGGUGCUGAGCCUGGGGACAUUAUGUCUACAACUGUUACAGUGUUAGAUGAUGAAGUCUCUGGUAGUCUUGUACUGCCUACUCCUCCAGUUGUUGUGUCCUUACUUCAUUAUGACAAUGUAGACAUUGGAAUGGAACAGGCACCUAGUCCAGGUUAUCCUUUAGUUUGUGUCACACCUUGUGAUAUCCAUUACCCAUCAUAUGCUGUAACACAUUCACUGUGUCAAAAAUCAGGAAUUAACCAGACUUCCAUGUUGUAUAGUUGGGAGGUUGCCAUGCCAAUAACAGAUGACAGCUCAAGGUCACCUUUUGUUACAGUUACAGACAACACUGUGUUCACCAGUGUGGAAACAAAAGUUCUUGAUAGUGUUUACUUUCACCCCAAUUUUCAUGUAAGAUGUGUUGCCCAGCCUUUGCAUAGAAAUACUAAUCCUGGCAUACCAACAAGAAGUGAGCCAGUUAUUAUCAGCAUUGAAGAUGGAAUAUGCAAGUCUCCUGUCUUCAGUUGGACAAACAAUUUUUAUGGGGCACAAUCCUUUUUGGCAAAACUUGAUUAUGUUGGACCUGAAGAUGAGAAACAUCCAAACAGAGUCCGCAUCUCCAUCAGAAUUCCACACCAAGAUGGUCAUUUGCCACUUAUAUCCACCCAUCCACUUCAUAACCUACGAUUUGUACUUUCUGACCCAGUUUACAGACAACAGCAUGUCUGUUCAAAUCUGAUCACAGACAAAGAGAGAACAAAUGUGGUAGAGAGUGGAUUUUUAGAAAGUAAUCACAUGUUUCCACCUUCACAUAAUUUCCCAUACCAGUUUGAUCCCAGUAUGAGACAGAAUGAGACGAUUGAUUUAUACCGGCAUUUGGACCUGAAGUCGUGCAUGUGGAAUUUUGAAGCGUGGUAUCACAUGACAAAUCUGGUAGAUCUUUGUGGUGGAAAAGUUGUUUCUGAUUUCCAGGUUAAAGACAAUGGAAAAACCUACUUGACUGUGAGAGUUCCCUUGUAUGUAUACUACCUAUAUACCACAGCUCCUGUAGGCUGGGGCUCGCUACAGCACCAUACAGAGAUGGAAUUCUCCUUCUACUAUAGUAAUAUACUGUGGCAAACUGGUCUGGAGAGUGAGGGCAAGAUAGCUGGAGAUUUACAAGUACUCAAGGUACUGGUAGGCAGGGAUGGCAGACUUGUGAUAGAUUUGAAAACACAAACAAAGUUUAGAGGAAUGUAUGUACCAGAACACCACACAUUACAAGGCAUAACCAGUAAGGUCAUUCCUCCAGUAGGCAUGCCUGUGACCUUUGACCUAACUUUAGUUUGGUCUCAGCAAACAUUUGACAGUCCACAUCAACUAUGGAGGGCCACAAGUGAUUAUAAUUUGAAGGAUUAUACAGGAAGGUACACAGUAGAACUUAUUCCUUGUUUGGUCAAAUCCACACAGAUAUUUAUGUCAGCAGACACACCCUGCACAGCUAAGAAACCUCAGAGAUUUGAGGUACCAAUAGCAUUCCAGCAAUCCAAUAGACCUGUACCAUUGGUGUAUUCUCUAGAUACAAGGUUUGAAUUAACAAAUAAUAAAGAGGUGUUCCUAAAGAAUCCAUACAUCAGUGCCUCAGUCCUGGAUCCUGAAUAUGACAGAUCCUUUGCUCCAGGUGAGGUUCUGUAUGGCAGAGUUUUAUGGAAUCCUGCACAAGAUCUGAGAGAAGCUUACAGUUUGUCUAUUGAGAAAGUUUAUCUUUGUACAGGAAGUGAUGGAUAUAUUCCAACCUUUGACCCAAAGGGUGAGGUUUAUGGUGAUGGACCACAGUUUGGAUGUUUACAGCCAAGUCCUAAACUACAGUAUAGAUUUCUUAUACUGGAUAAAGGAAACCGUGAUGUAGAAGUAAGACAUUUUCAUAGUGUCCCUUUUAAUGCCAAAUUUACAACAGAUCUGAACAAUAUUCCAGGAGUAGAUGGAUUUUUUCUCAGCGUUGAUCCUCUAUACAAGGUCAUGUCAGGACAUCAGUGGUAUUUACAAGUUAUAUAUGUAAUCACAGAAGCAGGAGCACCUCGUCAUCGUUUCAUUAGAAAGAGAUCAGCCAUGUUUUCUCAGCCCAAAAAACGUGAAUCACAGCUUCCAAAUAUAAUCAAAGAGACUAAUUCAAUUCAGAAUGGAACUGAUAUACAUCACAUUCCCAUAAACAGUGAUAUAUUACAAGAAGAUAGGACUUUGAAACAGACAAAAAUUAGUACUCUAACUUAUAUUAUUCCAAUAGUAUCAGUAUUCAUAAUACUCAUAAUUUUAGUCAUAAUUAUUUUUAUAAUAUUCAAACGAAGAAGACGAAAAAAGAAAGAAGUUAUAGAAACAAAGAAGAACAAUUUAGAAUUUGCCAAAGAAAACUGUUUACCUCUACUAAAUCAAAACAGACUUAGUUUAAGACUCUCAGGAUCAAGGGUCAAUGUAAAUGUGACAGAGGUCAAGGACAGUUUUGUGACCUCUAGUGAGAAAGACAGGAGACCUAGUGUAAAGGUCAAAAAUACUAAUAUUAAAUCUCAGGGAAAAGUACAAGGAACUGAAGUAUGAUGUUUUUAUACUUUUUUUAUUUUAUCUGAAAAUGUUUUAAAAUCAGUGAACUCUGGAAGAUGACAUUCUGAUCUGUUUUAUAUUUUAUAUUUUCUGGAACCUUUUUUUUUAACUUUCUACUUUCUACUUUGAAAAAUUUAAAUUAAAAGUAAAUUUACUUUUCAUUUAGGAAAAAAUAAAUUAAAAAAAAUAUUGCUGAUACAAGUGUGUAUUAUUUUAAUGAAAUAUGUGUAUACAUGUUGUACUUGAAAGAACAAAAACUCAUAUUUAUUGAAAUUUUCUUAUUUUUUUACAUUUAGUACCAAACCAUUUUGAAUAUUAUGUAUUGGUUGAUUGGCUCUGAUAUUAUUAUUGUUACCGUGUUGUUUUUUUUUUAAUGAGAGAAUGAUCAGCUUUGUUUAUAAACUCCUGUUACAAUACUGUACACUGUACUAUGAAAAUAUUCUGAAGAUAUUUAUUUUGCCAUUUUAGUAUGUCUCAGAAAAUACAGUGCAAUAGAACUUUAGUAACUUAUGUAACAUGAUAUAAAAUAACUGAAUAUACUCAGUGGAACAGCUCAGGACUGUCCAAUCAUCAUUUAAUCGACUCCAUAACUCUGAUUAACAAGCAUAUAUUUUUUAACUCAUGUUUACAUCAGUUUCCCUGGAAUUAGGUACAGAUACAAGUAGUAUAGAUGGAGGAUGAAUUAUUCAUUUCAUAAUUAACAAUAAGAAGUGUUGAAUUGAGAUCAAUUAAGGUGCCAUUUUUUGGAGUGGAAGAUUUGAAACUUACUAGGUUGAUAAAGAAAUUAAGUACCAGUUAUAUAUGGUGCCAAGUUUUUACUCAUUGGUUAGUGCAAUAUAUGUGUUUUUUUCAUGUAGUUAUAAUAGUAGUAUAUUGUUGUUUUUUUAUUAAACAAGGAAUUAUCUGAAACUAGAUAUUAUGAAUCUGAAAUAUUUUGUAAAAACUUAUUUCUGAAACUAACCCAACUAAGGAUGGCUAGCCAUGGCUAAGGGAUUACUGUGAAAGUACUUGUAUUCGUGGGGUACCAAUUUUCCUGGUUUUUCAUUGAUGGCUUUAUCCACGAAUUUAAUUGUCCAACGAAAUAUAACAAUUGCUGCCCAAAUAAAGACAUGGAAAGAUCCCCAUGUAGGUUUGACUACAUGGAUACGGGCAUAUAAUCUAGAAAAUACAUAGAAUAUCAGAAGAGGCACUAUGAGCUAUAUAUAAAAUUGAGAAUGGAAAUGGGGAAUGUGUCAAAGAGACAACAACCCGACCAUAGAACAGACAACAGCAGAAGGUCACCAACAGGUCUUCAAUGCAGCGAGAAAUUCCCACACCCGGAGGCGUCCUUCAGCUGGCCCCUAAACAAAUAUAUAUAAUAGUUCAGUGAUAAUGAACGCUAUACUUAACUCCAAAUUGUACACAAGAAACUAAAAUUAAAAAUGAUACAAGACUAACAAAAGCUAGAGGCUCCUGACUUGGGACAGGCGCAAAAAUGCGGCGGGGUUAAACAUGUUUAUGAGAUCUCAACCCUCCCCCUAUACCUCUAGCCAAUGCAGAAAAGUAAACGCAUAACAAUAUGCACAUUAAAAUUCAGUUCAAGAGAAGUCCGAGUCUGAUGUCAGAAGAUGUAACCAAAGAAAAUAAACAAAAUGACAAUAAUACAUAAAUAACAACAGACUACUAGCAGUUAACUGACAUGCCAGCUCCAGACUUCAAUUAAACUGUAUAUACAACUUCAGACAGGAUUUACCCAUUUAAUCUUUUAAAAAACUUAAAAGUGUAUGACUUUUAAUCUUUUAAUUCUAAAAAGUUUUGUGAUCGAUGAAAGUCAGAUUUCCAGUGAUGAUAUGCGCUGAUGAAGAGUUCAUUUCAUCUCCUCAUAGUUCUCAUAUGAAAAAAAAAAAGAUUUCAUAUUGGGCUUAUUUUUUUAUUUCAUAAGAAUUAAUUCUACAAUUCACAGUACAUUUGUAGCAUUUUGUAUGUAACCGUUUUCUUUAAGUGACAUGUUUAUGGCCCAAUUAACACCUUUUUUGAUCGUUAAUCUGUUGAUCAUUCGAUCCCAGGUAAAUUAUUGUCUUCACUUCUGAUUUUACAUGUGCAACAAUUAAAAUGUUUACUUUGCAAUUUCCUUCAAUGAGACAAUUUGUAAACAUAGAUAAAUCAGCUUAUUUCUGAAAGCAAUUAUUUUAUCAGGAAUUUGAUGAAUGUUGUCAGUAAUGAAAGACAAACAAGUAAGUGAAAAUAAACGCCUUAUUUUGAAAUGUCCCACACAACAAAUAAUUAUUUUCAAGAAUCUUCAUUUCUGAUGACUUCAAAUUCUUCACUAGAUUUUUUAAAGUAUCUAAAAUCCAUGAAUUUUAAGAACCCACAAACAUUACUAAUUUUUGCCCAAAUCACAAAAACUGAUAACCACGAAAUAAAAGUACUUUCAGAGUAGUUAAUUCUAUAUUUAAAUCUAUGUUAACCAAUUAAAAGAACCUUGAAGACCCUUAAUUAGCUCAUGGGUGACUUUUCUACUUAGUUGGGUUAGUUUAUAGAACAGAAAAUAAACUGGUUUUUGUGGGGUUUUUAAAGAAAUUUUACCAGUUUUAAUUAAUUCCCUGUUAUUUGAAAUCCUGUUAUAAUACUCUUUCUGAAAGUGAAUUUAAGAGUAUUUCUACUUAUAUUUCCCUCUUUGUUGCAUGAAGUGUUUUCUAUUUGUAUUGUUAAUUUCCCCCUUUUACCAAGGGAUUGUUUCAUACAGUCCUCAUUUCUGUUUUCACUUGGCCAACAUUCAUCAAUAACCGAAUAAAUGUCAAUAAAAGAUAUAUACUGGAAAAGCAGAGAUAUCAAUGGAUUUACUAUUCACAUAUUUAAUGAUAACUGAGCCUUUUACAUCAAUAUUGUUGAGUUGUAAAAACCAUUUGCGAUUGGGAUAUAUUUUUUUAACUUAUAUCACUUUUCCAGAUAAUGAGCAUUGAAUUUUUUUGAAUGUUUCUUACUUUUUUACAUAUAUUAUGUUGGUUGUUAUUAAGAGAUAUUAUUAUAGUAUUAACAUUACUGAUGAAGAAGUGGUGUUGGCUUAAACUUUGUUAAACUACCUCAUCAGGUAAUUAUAUUGGACCAUAAUUGUUACAGUUAGGAGUGUCCAUGUUUGCCCAUGCAUAAUAUUUCUGACUUCACACCAGUGCAAGAUGGAAUGAUCUAAAAAGGAGAUUCGGCAGUUUAGUUAUUCAUGUUAUGAGAUUAUUGUAACUGCCUGAUUGAAUGAAAUUAGUUAUCAACACAGACAAAUUUACCUGGAUAACUUCCUUCUAAUUGUCACAACGAUCUAUAUAUAGCUAUAGUACAAUACCCGUAAUUUAAGCUUGCAGAUUGGUCAUUUGAACAGAUACUGAAUUAAAAAUUGAAAAAUUUGUUUAGAGGUCUUUUUUUCAUGAUGUUUACCAAUUUAGAGUAAAAAAAACUAGGACAUUAAGUGACCCUCCUUUCUGUUAUAAAUUAUGGUCAAAUACUUUAUACAUUCUAACAGGUAUAGAUCCAUCAGUGUCAAAUUGUAUUAUUUGUGCAUUUACAUCAUUUACAAAAACUCAUUUUAUAAAAUAAUAAAGUUAUAAAUCAUUUAGACUGUCAA